UAGAGGAGAGAGAGAGAGAGGGAGAGAAAGAGAGAGAGAGAGAGAGAGAGAGAGAGAGAUGAACAAUAUUCUGCCAAUACAGAUUUAUCUCUUCUGCUCUAAUUCACCGGCAACAUAAUAGCCCAGGUCGAUAUAUCCUUCCUCUCUCUCUCCCCCUGUCCCUCUCUCUCCGCUCCUCUCUCCUCUCACUCUCUACCUCUCUCCACCACACACACAUACACGCGCCGUCAGCUUGUAUGCGUCCCUCCUCGAGCCAGCGGGUGGCCGCCUGGCUGCUCGCGCUGCCGUUGGGGAGAGGUGGAGAGGAAUGCGCGCGCCGCGGCCGUCUGGAGAUGAUCUCGUUUUGGUUGCUGUGCUGGAAGCUGUUGAGAGCAACAGCUGGGCUAAGGAGGGCCACAGCUGAGCUAACGGACGUCAACCACGAGAACAGCAGCUCUGGAAACAAUAACCCCGUCAACAACUCUCCCACUCCUAUACAGCCAACAGAUCCAGUUGCCAUGGAAAUCAGUUCAUCGCCACCACUAACAGACAUGGAGAGAGAAAACUUGGUUAGCUGGCACAGUCAGGAAGUGGAGGAGCUCCAUUACCCAGAGGUCCUUGGGGUGCAGCAGCCAAUCAGGGACAAGCAGGAGGAAGAUGAGGCUGCAGAGAAAGACAAUGGAAAAAGAGAUGGAGAUGAGUGUGACUAUCUUGUUUUUGAGAUAGGAGAGAAGAAGGGAAGGGGUGAAGAAGACAGAAGUGAAGGACACACCACUGACAAAGGAGGAGAGGGAGAAGAAGAUGGAGAAAGAGGAGAAACAGAAAGAAAAGAAGAAGGCAGUGGAGAAACAGAGAAGGAUGAAGGAGGAAGAGGAGAAACAAAAGAAGAGAAUGGAUGGAUUGGAAAGACAGCCAGAGGGAUGAAAGAUGAUACUCUGUCAGAGCUCCUCUUCAUCUCUGAUAGCUCAGUGUGUCCUUCAUCAUCAGAGCCCCCGACUGUCACCUCAGAUCCUUCGGAGCAACCUGCAGCAGCCGUGGUACAUGAGACCUGGGGUCACGACCUCAGCAACAGAGAUGAUCUUAGCGACAGUCACCUUAGUGACUGUCUUCAAGCUGAAUUGGCUAUUGUGUACUCGGACAGCGAGGCAGGGGAGGAUCAAUGGGCAGCCUUCACAUCCUGUGAUGUCACUAACCAGGAAGAAGCAGGUGGCGGGAUUCAGAAUAGCAUCUGUGAUGGAGAGAGCAAGGAAGAGGAGAGAGGUGUGGAUGAUGAGGAGAGAGGGGUACAAAAGGAUAAGGCAGAAGUAGAGACUGGACGGGAGGAGCUAGAUGGGAGAAGAGGCAGGGAUGAUGAUGAGGAACAAAUGAGAUCAAGGAGAGAUCUUUUCCUGCGAUCUCCUUCUGUCAGCUCCACAGCCAGCUCCACAGACCCAGACAGGAAGGUUCCUGUAGAUUUCUGUGUCCAACAAGAAACCCACAGUAAAAAUGUCUCCACUGAGCAUGUGGACUUUCUGUUGGCCUGCCAGCAGUGGAGGAAAAUGGAGGAGGAGGUCAAAGGUCAGCCAAUUCCCAAACCAGGGCUCAGAGCUCAGGGGAGUUUCCAGGGAACCCACACUGCACUGUACCCCCCCACUCGCAGCCCCCGACUCAAACACAGGGAAAUGCAACCACCAGUGCCCAGGGAGCCCCCCCUGUCCUCCACCCUGUCCCCCACUUCAGAGGACUCAGGCCUGGAUGACUUGUCAUACCGCAGCCCACUGGAGGAGCCAGAGAGCGCUGUGGAGAGAGAGAUCCGACUGACUCUGGAGAGAGAGGAACGGCACCGCAGGGAGAGGGGGGGGAUUUCACAGGGCCUCACUAUACCCAGACCCUCUAAGUUGCAAACAGGACGAUCUCCACCCAGACCUCCAGCCUGCCGCACCCCUACCUUGUCCAUUUCCCCAUCCCCUUCCUGCUCCUCCUCCCUUCCCCGAUCUGUCUACCAUGAAAUGACAGCCAAUAAUGUCAUUAUCUUGGAGCCCGACUGCUCCAGCUCUGCCUCCAGGAACCGCUUACUCUCCUCUGCAAUUGGGGGCCUCUCCGAUUGGCCAACAAGCCAGGAUGCAGUUCCUUCCGCCAAUGUCAUUGUAGUGGAAACCUCCAAUCUCAUCAUUCGCAGUGCUUCAGAGUUCUGCCUAAGCUCCGCCCCUGUAUCCAUGGAAAUGCAGGAGAGCACUUUUUCAUCCAAUCCGUUCUUUAAGCUACGUUCCCUCAGCAGCCAAUCGCUGGUGGAGCAAGAGAUCCGCUUGGUGAGACAGAGGGAGGAGGAGUGGAGGAAGCAGAGGGAGGAGAUGUGGAGGAGGAGGAGGGAGGAGGAGUGGAAAAGAGGGAGAGAGAGGUAUGAUACUGUGCUGGUGUCUCCAGGCCUGAACGAUAGCAUCAGCUACAACGUGCCAGAGGUCCCAGAUAGAUGUGUCUCCUCCCCAUCAUCCCCCUCCAGGACCCGCAAAAUGGAACGAUCCAGUGUGUCUUGUGACCACAAGUUCCCCCCUUGUCUCUCUUCGGUAUCAAGACGACCAAACGCCAUGGCGCAGCGAUGGGAGGCCUCCCUAUUAGCCAAUCAGAAGAAGGAGUGAGCAACAACAGUGCUCAACUGUCAGCCAUUUAAAAGCCAAAAUGAAAUCUUACACCUCUAUUCCUUCGUCCUCCUGUCCAGAAAACUCUUACAGUCCUGUCUGUCUGCAGCUGAUGUCUGAUGUUUGUCACCGCUGUGGGUUUGAAACCAGUGGGUCACAAAUGUGUUGUCUGAAGGAUGUCCCAUGAGAGAAGGACUGUUUCUUUCAGUCAGCUUGGUUUCAAAGACUAAGGUAAUUCACCUAGUUUGACUUUCUACUAUGAAAAUGUUAAAAAGUUUCAUAGUCAGAGUGGUCUUUUGUAUGACGUCUGAAACAGUAUGACUGUAUGAAACAAUGGAACUGCCAGCCAUGUCACAGUUUAGACAUUUUUUAUGUACUGUAUAUUAUAACGUUUGUGGACUUGUAAGGCACAGGAGGCUUGUCAUAAUAAUGACUAAAUACAAAGUUACAAUUUAAUAAUACCACUGUUUUUGACAUUUGACCCAGAUUUUAUGAAAACCUUUGAAGCACAUGUCAGAAUCUGCGGUAUUCUCCUUUAAUAUUUAGUAUUAACAGCACUUUGAUAUCUAGAUAUGUAUGAAUUAUGGUACUGGUACAGCUGCUGAUAUUUAUUGAUUUUUAUGACUGACUGACUGUAAUGCAAUGAUUUUCAAACUUUUUCUGGGCAGUCACAUUUUAAUUUCACAUAUUAAUUCAGUCUAUUUAUUUUAAAAUGACAGACGACAUACAGCAUUUUUUUAUAUUGUAGCUAUGCAUAGCAAAGAUUUGAGACGGUAGCCUACAUGCAAAAAAAAAAAAAAAUAUAUAUAUAUACCAUGUUGUGUUCUUUUCAAAUGACACUAUGUGUAUUUUACCAACCCAGACUUUGAAAAUCACUGCAAUAGUGAAAUGUUAUAAUAAGCCAUAUAGAUCAAAAGAGUUUUGAUGUUCCAGGUUUCCAUGUUGGCCAAAGACUGCUGGCUGCUAACUGGAUAGUACCAUAGAGUGCCCCAGGAAUAAGUUCUAAAAUCUGGAAAUGAGUCAGCAUUUUAGCACUGGCGGUUCCCUCGUCUCAAAGUCAAAAUUAUGUCAAAAUAAUGCAUUAAUUUUGAUAAAUUAAUCAAAGAAAAAUUAACGCAUCAAAAAAACCCACUGAUUGAUCACAUUCCAUGGUGCCCUUUGACCCGGUGCGUCAUUGAAGGCCACAGGGGCUUUGUCAUUUGAUGGAGGCAGAUAAGACAAAGCUGCUUGGCCCCAUAAAUGGAACAUAUACAUUUGAUAAACGCCCAAAUGGAACUGUUGAUAGGAGCACGGUUCUCAGCAGUUUCUGCAGUAAGUAAUUUUUGUACCAUCAGAGUACUUCCAGCCUGAAAUAUCACCUCAACACAAAGCAUAUAGCAAUGAACCUGCGGAGUCCUGAGCUAGCACAGCCUCUAUUGCUAGCGCUAUUAGCCAACCGCGUAAAGCCACAAUCAACCAGGUGUUCAGACGCAAACUGAGUUAAGUCUAUACUGUGAUCGACUAACUAACUCCCUUGCAAAAUGGAUUGAAAAGGACUCUAGACCAUUUUCGGUGGUAAAGGACAGGAGGACCAUUGUGUCCAAAAUCCAGUAGCUUUACUACGACCGACUGCCAAAAUUCAUUUGAAUUGAAAUUUUUUGUAAAUGAUUUUUGAUUAAUAAUCACAGAGCAUGUAAUUAAUCAGAUACAUUUUUUAAUUGCUUGACAACCCUAAUUUCAACAUUAAAAAGUUAGUGUCCAGGCUGCUUUAAGUUGACUGAAUUUGAGAAGACAAGUUGAGGUACUUUUGUAAUGAUUCAACGUGUCGUCCCAAAUUCAGUCAACUUAGAAAUUAAAGGCAGCUCCCACACUAACUUUUUGAAAUUAAAUACAAAUAGUUUUAUUUUACAGUGCAGAAAAUGUCAUUGCUAGAGCACUCUAUUUGGGUCACAGUGACACCAACUAGCUUUUGCCUCUGCUUUGGAGGACAUUGCUUACCGCGAUAGUGUUCAGGAGUGGGGUGCAGUUUUGUGGUCUUCUGAUUAACUCAGUGGGACAAUGUAAACAGCAGUCUUUUUUGAGGACAUCGUCUUCAACUUGCAAACCAUGCUAGCUUUCUUUACUUUUAGCUUUCUUUCGACGUCAACAUGUAAUGCACAGCGUGCAACACAGGGCAUGGACAUUUUUGACUAUAGCUGUUGAUGUUCUACACAAAACCAACAACUGUGCAAGUUGAGCCUGAGCUCAUUUUUAAAACAGUAUAAAUGAUGUAAUAUUAGUUUUGGUUCGCUCUGUUUGCCCAUUGACUUCUGAAGAAAUGUGAGGCAGAAAGGGUAAAAUAACAGAGCUAUUUGAACAAAAGAAACUUCUAAUAUGGAUGCCAGAGAGACCUGACACACACAAGCACACUCCACAUGGCAGUGCUUGCAUUGCUAGCUAGAUUUCAGCUAAUGUCUUUAGAACUGUUAUAUAGGUCAUUGGCAGUUUGGAGCAAACAGAUAAACAGACUGUAAGAAUGCUCCAGCUGUCAGAUGCAUGUGGAUAACUCAAUAUUCACAUUCAGUCUGAACACACCUUUGAAAUAGACCUCUACAACCUGGUCAAACUGUCUGUCUGUGGCUCUGCUUUUUUUUAGCAAAAGAACUUCUGAAAGAACUAGAUAUUCUAUUCCUUGAGUCUAGUGAAGAGUUUUACAUAUUUUUAUGUCCUGUCUUGAUCCCUAAAAAUAGAUUUAUUGUAUUGUAUUUUUGCUGCAUAUAUUUAUGAAUUGAGCAAUGCUUUUAAAUCCUUAAAGCUUUUAUUUGUAAAGGGUUUAUAUUGUGUCAGAAUGACUGACUAUGAAGUGGAAGUCUGCAAUGUUUUUUAGGAGAUGACUUCUGUGUGUGCAUGUGUGUUUUAUAGUUAUCAGCUAGUCAGAGCUUCCUUUAGUUUGACUUAUAGCUCCAAAACAAGCUCACUCACUAGUUUCUCCAUUUAACUCAACCUGAAUCCGCUGUCAAAUAAAGGUGCAUUCAAGUCAACUCAGAAAUGGAAGACUUUAACUGCCAGGGUGAAAUAAUACCAGGUGAGUGGAAUGCUAGUCAGUUUAGCAUCAUUAUAUUUUUUGGUUGUGCUUUAGGCUUUGAUGUGUUUACACUACUGUGUUACAGUAUAAAUAUACAACAAAGGAUCAAACCACCUUGGUAGCUGAUUAACUACAUUUGAGCUGUGAGUCACUGUGCAACCUGAAACUGUUUUGAUACAUAUGAUGUAGCUUGUAUCUAUAUCUUCUGCACUUAAUUUGGAGGUUCAACUCUAUCUUAGUAUAAUACUACAGUUCAUAUGUACAUUAAAAUAGUUGUUGGUUGCUGUUUUCCUCCUCUUCAUACUGGCUGUGUAUUUUGUCUGACAUAUUCAUAAAUAAGUGUUUGGCCAAUGACAUCCAUGUCCUUUAAAUGAUGUUGUUAGAUCAAGGGUGAAGCAAUAUCAUGAGUUUGCCAUUGUUUCUCAAACUACCUUUUCCGAAGUUUAUUUAGUGAUUUAGUCUGUCCAGUACAACAAAAGAGAACGUAGUGGCAGAUUUUUCUAUAGGCAACACAGGUGGCUGCCUAGGGCACCACCCAGAGGGGGGAACUGAUUAGAAUUUGGUGGUCAAAGGUCAAUGUGACCUCACAGAAAAUGUUUUUGGCCAUAAUUCAGGAAUUCAUAAGCUCAUUAUUACAGUAUUUUACAAAAAUGUCUAACUGGAUAAAAUGAUGAAGUGCUGGAAUUUUAUAUCCAAAAGGUCAUCAUAAUGUUCUGCAAAAAUACUUUUCUGGCAUUAUUCAAUGUCAUAUCUCAGGAAUAGAAGGGGAGACAUUUGGUCAGAUACUGAAUUGGUGACACUAAUCUUGGGUGCCCACCUUACCCAGGAUACCAAAUGUGCUGGGUCAAGCACUGAGAGAAUGACAUAUACAGCAAAGAUUAAGGAAAAAAAAAACAAAAAAAACACUCGGUCACUACUUGAGAUUGGACCACUGCUGACCAGAUGCAUAAAAGAAAACAACUUGAACUUGGGUUUAUUUUGUUCCUGUGUGAAUUGUCUGCACUCUGGGACUCUGUCCCCCCACGCCAAUGGAAUUUUCUUCUAGACUGUAACUCUAGAAGAUUUCCACUUGAUUCGGCUUACUUAAAUUGCAGAGACCCCAUAAUAGCUGCAGUUUUGCCCAGAAUUAGUCUGGGAAUGUUUGUUGAGCAUCUGUUCUAUUGUGUUCACGCUAGGGGGAGAUCCAUUUAGGGCAAGCAUGGAGAGGAGGAUUGAUUCCAGUAAACAGUAACUGUUUCAGUACACCUAUAGCAUGUGGGUGUUACAUUAAGGUAGACUUGAAAAAAUCUGAACAUAUUCUUUAAGAGCAAAAAUCUUGGAGCUGUGAUGUCAUGAGAUUCUGAGAUGUAUUGAAUGCACAAUAAUAACUGCUAUGUCUGAAGCAGGGCAGAUUUUAAGCUGAGCAUGUCAUGAUGUUCCUGUGUUAGAUAUUCUGUAUGAUAGCACAUAUUACACACUACAUGCACUCAGUGUUUGCCCUGUGAUUUGGGCUGUUAUAUUCACAUCCAUACCUGAUUCAGCUCCUGUUUUAGCCUCAGCGUAGUCAGCUUUACUAUAUAAGAUACUUUAUUACUCCACAACUCUACUUUAAGUUUUUAGAAGACAGUACAUUUAGUCAUGAAGUUCUUUAACAUUUCUGGAUUUCUCUUGUCAGGUGUGGUAGAGUUCAUGAAUACAAAGGGUGACACUACAUGCUACUUGCUAGAAUAUUCUGUAUGGUCUCAUAGAAACAGCUGUCCACACUAUUACAGCUUUUCCUCACUAGCCUAACAUAAUUUAUUCUGGCUCUGUUUAUUACUUAGUUUAUUUGCCUUGAGUUUUAGUCUAUUAUUGCCAAAUUAAAGCUCUGGUGAUGACAUCUUCAAUAAACUCUUGAAACCUA